CAUCACGGCGCAUGCGCAGUAGCGUUGCUUACCUUCAGUGAAGACAGUAAUCGAGAAGCAGCGAGUUAAACUUCCGUGACAGCUUCACAUGUCACGAAAAUAACAUAGACAGGAAGUCCCCAGAACUAGAGUACUUAGGCCAGUUGACCACGUAACUAUAUAUAGAAGAAAACGAUCCGAUGAGAGAAAAGCUGUAAAUCUAGAGAAAUCACCAACCACCAUGUUGAGUUGUAUCGUAAUUGCUGCCGUGAUUGGCAUGGCUGUGUCUGCGCAGGAGCCCCCAAACUGUGCGUGGAAGCCCCGGGCCACAGUGAACGGCAUGUCAUGCUGCCUACGAGACUCUAUCCCAGGAUGCAGGUGUAUGAACCCACCUGAGGAAAUCCCGGCCGACUCUGGCGCCCCUCUCUGUGGCCGGUCAGGUGGCGGCUGUCCUGCCCUGCAUCCACUGAUGGCUGUCGGGAUAUGUGCAGAAAUGUGUUCUAAUCAUGCUGAUUGUUCCAAAGGACAGCUGUGCUGCAGCAAUGGCUGUGGUCACGUGUGUAAAGACCCAGAGCCCAUAGUGACAGUUGACAACUACGACUGCCCUGACAUCCGCUGUCAGCAAGAUCUGGGCUGCGACGGAAGCAGCCUGAAGAGAGACAGCAAUGGCUGUCCAAUGUGCGAGUGUCAGAGUGAGGAAACGACCACUGUCGCCAGUGUGGACAAAACUUGUGUUGGAGGCAUGGUGUGGAAAGAGUGUGGAUCUCCCUGCACACGGACAUGCUCUGAACCCAGCCCGAUGUGCAUAGAGAUGUGUGCGCCGAAAUGCGAGUGUCCCAACGGGCAGGUGUGGCACGAGAAGAAAGAGCAGUGUGUGGACAUGGCAGAGUGCAGUACAUCAGUGUGUACUGGGGGUCAAGAGUGGUUCGAGUGUGGAAUGAGUUGCACCGCGACGUGCGAUGAACCAAAUCCCAUUUGUAACAGGAUGUGUGCUGCGCGAUGCCAGUGCCCAGGCAGCAAACCUAUUUUCCACGAUGGCGUGUGUAAGGAGCUGAAGGACUGCCCAGUUACAGAGCCUGAACCUGCGGACCAGUGUCCCGAAGGCUGCCCCAAAGGCCAGACAUGUCAACAACAACAGGUUCAGUGUAUCAGAGCCCCUUGUCCUAUGAUGUGGACCUGUCUACCUGAGCCUGAGAUGCCAUGCGCCAUGCCAAUGUGUGCAACUCGCUGCGAGUAUGGGUACGCACUGGAUGCACGCGGGUGCAUGACAUGCGACUGUCGCAGCACGCCCCAAAGCAACUGCCCAGUGGAGCUGUGCGCAGACAGCUGCGGGUACACCACCGACGAGUACGGCUGUAAGAAAUGCACGCCCUGCACCGAGUGCCCAAUGCUCAAGUGCAUGCCGUGCAAGUAUGGUUACGAGAUGGAUGAAAACGGCUGCCAGACAUGUGAUUGUCUUCAGACUCCGCGCCGCCAUCUUUGCCCCAUGGUGAUGUGUGCCAAUCAUUGCCCAUUCGGUCGUCGUGAGAUGGAUACCUUGAAGCACUGUACUGGCUGUGAGUGUGCAGGCCUUGACAUGUACGGGCUGAUUGGAGUGACCCUGGGUGGAGCCGUUCUCAUAGCCAUUUUAGUGAUUGUGACGGUGUGCUGCUGUAGAACAGCCAGGAAGAGACAAGGCAAGUACAACAUGAUUGUUGCAGCCAUGACCAAGCAGCCUGCCUAUGAGAAGAUGCGGGAGAACAGCGUCUCUUUCAAGGCAUCUGUUCCCAAGGAUGGAAGUGAGGCUGACAUCACCGUCAAAAAACCAGUCAGUGUCUAACAUAUCAGACAGUUUUCAGUGCAGCAUGUCAGUGCUUAUGCCAUCAAUUUUAGAAAAUGAAGAUAAAACAUUUUCAAGGGUCAAAAAUGGCAGAGAGCAGGGUAGUGUAAAUAUAAUCAAAUUGUAAAUAACCAAAGCAUUACAAACAUAAAAAGAUUUAUUCAGCUCAAGUUGGUCCUCGGUUCAGUUGAAAACAAAUUGAUCACAUGAAAAUGCUCAUUCAAUCUUUACCACAAUUGUGGCAGUCUUUACUACAAUUGUGGGAACAGUGUUCACUUUUACCUGCUGAGGGCAGUUCUUUAAAAUGAUAACUUUGAUUAAUUUUGGAAAUGGGAGUCAUGCUGACAAACUCUGUCAUGUUCCACCAUAUAUGCCAAAUGGUAGUCUUUAAGAACAUGCUUUUUUCUUCACAAAGGAUCUAAUGCGUAUAAAUACCUUAGAGUGCUUGUUCAAGUUUGGUACUUAAAUAUGUUGUAAAAUGAAAAGCAAUACACCAAAGGUUUACACAUAACUGAAAGACCAGUUAGUGUUUUAAAUAGCAUUUCUCUUCUGCAUUGCUUUGGUACAGUAAUUACUGCCAUAAAAUGUAUUUGUAAACUAAUAAUGCUUUAUGCAAGAUCAUAUAUUCAAGAUAUUCAUACUUUUAUAGCACAAACUGCUUGAAUAACAUAAUGAAGAUUAUUUCUGCAAUGAUAUACAUUCAAGAUAUUCAUUCUUUUAUAUGUUAUGUACUUCACUUCCGUUAUGUGUAAAAGAUCAUGCAUUAUAUUAUUAUUAUUAAUAUGGCUAACUUUUUACGUGUAGCAUUCCAGCGAGGGGAAUUAGGGUGAAGGUAUUUUUGUACUAGGGCAAUUAUAUUUGUUAAAUAAUGCAAAGUGCACCAAAGCCUUUCCUUGAGGAGUCAAAAUAUUGCUUUUCUAAGUAAUCUUAAGUUUUUUACUACAUUAUUAUGGUUAUCUUUAUAAUUAUUUAUUUAUUAUAUUUCAGUUCCAAUUUUUUUCUUUGUUCCUUAACCCCUUCUUUAUUUAAAAACAUAUUGAUUUAAUCUCCUAUUUAUUGGGAACCACCACUUGUUGAGAUGAAAAGUUCGACCAAGAAGAAAUUGUGUCUAAUAUUCUGAUACAGUCUUAAUUUUCAUGGAAGUCAAGGUCAAGAGGUCAUGGUACAAAAGUCAAGGUUGGAUCGACAGGGCCACAACUUAUGUAGGGCGUUUAGUAGUAAGUUCAGUGUAACUUUCACACUGGCCUUUGCUGUGCUAAAUGAGAGAAAAUCUGCUAAGUUUUCAUCUAAUAAGGUUGACAGAGCCCGGUGCUAAAGAUAAGGAAGUAUAACUGUGAUAUUUAUUUGUUAGAAAGUGGUUCUAGGAGGGGCUGUGGCAAAAUGGUUGUUUGUAUUAACAUAUUUACUGGAAUCUCAUCUACAGAAUUCCUUAUCUGUGUAUUACAUGUCCUGUAUGGGGUUAAAGGGUUAAGGUGAUUUCAGAUAUUAUGUGUAUUUCUUUUUCUCAGUCUCUCUAAUAUGUGAAGAAAUAAAAUUAAUACGACUGAGUCACUUGCCUAGUAACAAAUGUACAUUUUAAUACUUUAUUUGUUGUAAACAUAAUCCGCAUAUGCUGUAAACACUGCUUAAAAUGAAAUAAAAUUGGAUUUUUUCCAGA